AUGGUGUUCCUCAACGCCCCAGAUGGGAAAGAACUCGUCGAGGCUCAGACGAAAGUUAGAUUCAAUUUCCUCGCCGACGAGAUGGAUGAAGAUAAUCUGGCUUGUCCUCCCAGUACCAUCAUAGAUACCAACCUAUUUGGCGCCAUUUACGGCAUUAAGCUGGCUGUGCACCACAUGAAGAAAACAGGCGGAGGACGAAUCAUUGUGACUGGUUCGGUGGCAAGUUAUAUGGGCAUGACCCCGCAGGAUAUUUACAGUGCAUCGAAACAUGCAGUCCUGGGCUUGGUACGGGCUACUUCGCAGAAGGAGGAGUUGAAAGAGAGCGAUAUUGCGAUUGGGCUCGUUGCGCCCUGGCUGACGGAGACUGCGAUGACGAGUUGUGUGUAUCCGCCGUAUACGAAAGGAAGUCUCAGGAGCUCUCCUGCGGAUGUUGCAAUUGCAGUGGGGAUGAUGGCUGUCAGGUGCCGGGAAGAGGUUAACGGGAAGGCGAUUUGGGUUCAGGGUCAGACGUAUACGGAAGUUGAGGGGACCGUGGCGAAGUGUAAUGAGAGCAUGAUGAAGAGCGCCAGUUGA